AUGCGCCUCUUCCGUGGCCAGCGUAACUUCUACAUCAGCGGCUUUUCGCUCUUCUGCCUCUUCAUCAUCAAACGGCUGGCCACGCUGAUCAGCCAACAGGCGCAGUACCAGGCUGAGGCUGAGGCGAGCCGACGACAGGCGGAGAACAUUUCUAAGCACGUCGAGAACUUGACCUCAGAAGCUGCCUCGGCUGCUUCCUCGAAAACUUCAAAGAAAGACUCUGGCAAUGAGAGUUUGCUUCUCGACAUGAAAGUUAAAAUGGCCGAACUGGUUGAAAAGAAUGAAAAACUGGAGAAAAGCCUACAGGCUAUGAAGAAGCAAGCUGAAGCAACGAAUAAGGAGUACGACCGACUGACUGGAGAGUACGCAGAGCUUCAGAACAAGUACGACAAAAUUAAUCAAAACCGUGAUCGUUAA